AUGCAGGGUAGCCGGACCUUCCCACACCAUUCAAAAUGGCUGACGAAGAGGCUCAACGUCAAAAAGGAGGAGAUGGAGAGGAAGAAGGCCGAGGUGCGCAAGCGCCUCGAGGAGUCCGGAAAGGCCGGCAAGAAGGCGAAGAAGGGUUUCCUCACCCCGGAAAGGAAGAAGAAGCUCCGGAAACUGUUGAUGAUGAAGGCCGCCGAGGAUCUCAAGCAGCAGCAGCUCAAUAAGGAACGCGAACGGCAGUCGGCACUCGCCUCUCGGUGCCCAGCCCUUCCCGAUAUCGAUUCGAUCGAAGAUCACGGCAAGCUCGAGUCCAUCUACAACGACCUUUUCGCCAAGGUGCGCGCCCUGGAGGACUCGAAGUACGAUGUUCUGCAGCUGGUCAAGGAGUCCGACACCACCAUUAACACCCUCACCAUUGAGGUCAACGAUCUCCGCGGAAAAUACGUGAAGCCCACCCUGAAGAAGGUGUCGAAGUUCGACAACAAAUUCAAGAAGCUCGGCCAAGCCAAGGAGGGAACUGAGAAACAGGACUUCAGGUCCAACCUCAAGGUCGUCAAGAAGGAGAAUGUCGAGGAAAUCAUGGAGAAGAAGGUGAAGAAGGACGAUAAGCCAGACUGGUCGAAGGGAGAGCACAAGAAGGAAGAGAAGAAGGAGGAGAAGAAGGAGGCCCCGGCCGAGCCUGAGCCCGAACCCGAACCGGAAGCCGCUGCCGUGCCGGCCGCCGAAGAGGAAGAAGGCGACGAGGAGGAGGGCGAGGAUGAGGAGGAGGAAGAG